CAAUGAGGGUUCCUUGAAAUCUUGCCGCAUAAAUCUCGCAUAGUGCAUUUUACAUGCGGACUCCAACUGAAUUUGUUCUUUACGUUACUGAUUCUUGGUUAUAUAUAUAUAUGCCUCGUCCAUGACCGAACCUCAGGAUUAUUCUUGCACAGGAUAAAAUACUUCCCAAGGAAAUUUCUUUACAUUAUUUCAGAGAAUGCUCCUCCUGUUGCACUUGAUCUGCUGAUUUGCUCAUUAGUCUCUGUCCAUCCUUUGCAUGCAUUCUUAAAUAUCCAAGCCCUCUUCUUGCCACCCUCAAACUUGAGCCUGUAGAGCUCUCAUAAGAAGGCGCAUAAAAGUAGAGUUAAAUGGAAGGGGAUGCGGCUACAAAGUUUCAAAAAUCUUAUUUUGAUGUGUUAGGGCUAUGCUGUUCAUCAGAAGUUCCUCUUAUAGAGAGGAUUCUGAAAACAAUGGAUGGAGUCAAAGAUUUUUCAAUCAAUGUUCCGACUAAAACAGUUAUCGUCGUCCAUGACACGGUCUUGAUCACUCAGUUGCAGAUCGUUAAGGCAUUGAACCAAGCAAGAUUGGAAGCAAAUAUUAGAGCAUAUGGAAAGAAAAAUUACCAGAACAAAUGGCCAAGCCCAUAUGCACUACUUUGUGGUGCCUUGCUUUUACUGUCAUUUCUGAAGUAUAUUUACAGGCCCUUGGAAUGGUUAGCUCUUGUAGCAGUUGCAAUUGGAAUCAUACCAAUUGGGUUAAGGGCUGUUGCAUCAAUGCGCAAUCUCACACUUGACAUCAACAUCCUCGUGGUCAUUGCAGUUGCUGGAUCAAUUGCUCUCAAGGAUUAUUGGGAAGCUGGCACAAUUGUCUUUUUGUUUACAAUAGCAAAAUGGCUAGAGUCAAGAGCAAGUUACAAGGCAACUGCUGUCAUGUCAUCGUUGGUCAAUGUAGUACCGCAAAGAGCUGUCCUUGCUGACACGGGAGAAGAAAUCAAUGCUGAUGAAGUCAAGUUGAACACCAUUCUUGCUGUUAAGGCUGGUGAAAUUAUCCCCAUUGAUGGAGUCAUCGUAGAUGGAAACUGUGAAGUAGAUGAGAAAAUUCUGACUGGAGAAUCAUUUCCUGCAUCUAAACAAAAGGAUUCGGUUGUUUGGGCUAGCACAAUCAAUCUUAACGGCUACAUUAGUGUUAAAACUACGGCUAUAGCUGAAGAUUGCGUGGUGGCUAGAAUGGCAAAGCUUGUAGAAGAGGCUCAAAACAACAAAUCGAGAAUCCAAAGAUUUAUAGACAAGUGCUCCAAAUACUACACACCAGGUAAAUUAUUUAAUUUUACUAACUUAAUACUUUUGGUAGGGACCUUGCAACCAUAUCUGCAUGACAAACACCUUAAGGCAUUGAACCAAGCAAGAUUGGAAGCAAAUAUUAGAGCAUAUGGAAAGAAAAAUUACCAGAACAAAUGGCCAAGCCCAUAUGCACUACUUUGUGGUGCCUUGCUUUUACUGUCAUUUCUGAAGUAUAUUUACAGGCCCUUGGAAUGGUUAGCUCUUGUAGCAGUUGCAAUUGGAAUCAUACCAAUUGGGUUAAGGGCUGUUGCAUCAAUGCGCAAUCUCACACUUGACAUCAACAUCCUCGUGGUCAUUGCAGUUGCUGGAUCAAUUGCUCUCAAGGAUUAUUGGGAAGCUGGCACAAUUGUCUUUUUGUUUACAAUAGCAAAAUGGCUAGAGUCAAGAGCAAGUUACAAGAAUCAAACACUAAUAAUCAAAGGCUCAACCCAAAUCCAAACUACUCACCGUGGUUGCCCUCUACUCAUAAAGGAUAAUAUGGUGGAUGCAAUUAACCGCAAAGGAAUAGAGAAGGAAGGAAGCAACGCACAAGACAUAAUACAAUGCUUGGGAAUUCCUUCUGUUGAACUAGAUGAACUAAUGGAAUGCAUUUUCCUACAGUUAGGGGGUGCUUUAGAAAUUGUUCAUGCAGAACUACUUCCAGAAGAUAAAGCAAGAAUUAUUAAAGAGCUCCAGAAUGAAGGUCCAACAGCCAUGAUCGGUGAUGGUGUGAAUGAUGCUCCUGCAUUAGCUACCGCGAAUAUCGGUAUCUCAAUGGGUGUUUCAGGCUCCGCACUUGCAACAGAAGCAGGACACGUAGUUCUUAUGUCCAAUGACAUUUCGAAGAUACCAAAAGCUGCACAUAUUGCCCGGAAGGUCCUAAGAAAAGUCAUUGAGAAUGUGAUAAUAGCAAUUACAACCAAGGCUGCAAUAUUAGGAUUGGCCAUAGCUGGUCAUCCAUUAGUUUGGGCUGCAGUUCUUACAGACGUCGGGACAUGCUUGUUAGUUAUCUUUAAUAGUAUGUUGCUACUAGGAAAGACAAGACGCGGGAAAAAAUGUUGCCAGCCACAUGUCCACAAACAUAAAUGCAAAACUACAAGCGACUGCUCUUCUCAUAAUCAUAAGCCUUCUUGUUCUGAUGAAUCACAACAGAAGUGUGAGGCUCAAACAUGCUCGUCCAAGAAGUGUGAAAGCAGGAAAUGCUCGAACUCUGCUGACAAGCACCGUUUCUCUAAACAGUAUAAUCCACUCAACGAGGAACGAGAUAUGGAUCAUAAGUGUUGUGAUCAUAAAGUUGCUCAACGUUUGGAACCACGGAGCGCCCAUAAUCGUUGUGCACAUUUAAGGUGCAGAGAGGAUACUAAUUGUGCAAAAUCAACUCCAAUGACCAACAUUUGUAUAUCUAACAAUGGGCUACACGACAGACACUGUGAUCAUUGCAACCAUAGUAUCCCAACAUGUAAGAGUACAUUGCAAUCAAUCAAAUCUGAUGAUCGCAAAAAUCCAGGAAACUAUUGCCUGGAAAACCAUUGUGUAAAUACCCAAAAAGAUAACUUAUGUGACAAAAAAAAAGGCAUCCCAGAGAAAAAAUGUUGUACACAUACACAUCGAGAUGAGGAGGCCCAUUUGGGAAGUGAAAAGCACGUUGCAGGAGGGUAUCAACACGUGCAUUCGACAAUCAACUCUUGUUCGGCUUUGGCUAACAAAUGUAAAGGUGAAUGUUGCGACAGCUUUAGGAAGGAUUGCUGUGUCAAGAGUGGGCACUAUGGAUGUACAUUAGGAGAAAGCCUAUCAGAAAUUGUCAUCGAGUAGAUGCUCAUUCCAAAUUUAAGAAUGACAUAGUUAAUCUAACCUUGCAAUGGAGAGUUUCAGCGAAUUUUGUUCAAACAUAUUUCACACCAAAUCAAGUGUAUAAAUUAAUAACUUAUUUGGCUAGCUUUCUUAUUUA